GCCUCAAGGAAGCUGAUGCUCAAGAGUCUGAUGGUGGCAAAGGCCAAGGAGGAAUUGGAGCAGGAGAUUUUGGUCAAAGAGGAGGAGAAACAUAGGUACCUGGCAGAGAGAGCUCCUCCAUUAAAUAUGAGUGGCCUGAGCCUUGGCCAGCUUCAGGAUCUCUGCAGGGAGCUACAUGCUAAGAUAGAUGUAGUUGAUGAGGAGCGAUAUGACAUUGAAGCUAAGGUCAUGCUCAACACACGCGAGAUUAAAGACCUGAAUAUCAAGGUACUGGACCUCAGGGGGAAAUUCAAGAGGCCUAAUCUUCGACGUGUCCGUGUGUCAGCUGACGCCAUCCUUCGCUCGCUGCUGGGAUCCAAGCACAAAGUCUCCAUGGACCUGCGAGCCAAUCUCAAGUCUGUCAAGAAAGAGGACACUGAAAAGAAGAGGCCAGUGGAGGACAGUGACUGGAGGAAGAAUGUGGAAGCCAUGUCAGGGAUGGAGGGAAGGAAGAAGAUGUUUGAUGCUGCUAAAGGUUCUGCGCAGUGA